ACUAAUUUGCUAAUAUAAAGGGCGUCUGCUUUACCAAUACUAAACAACUAUGUCGCAUAUAUUGCCAGCUAAGGAUAUUUAAUGAGGUAAAAUUCUUAUUUAGCAAUUGAAAAACCGACUGUCUGCUGCAAGUUUGCGAUGCUGAAGGAAUGGUUAAACCACAGGUUACUCAUGGAAACAAAGGGGGCCUCUGAAAAUGUCCAAUCCAGUUAAAAAAGUGAGACAAGUAGAAAAACUGCCCCUGAAGUCCAGAGGAAUCCAAAGCAAGGCAUCUCAUGAUCUCAGGAGGCUUCAGUCUCUGCUUGCCAAAAGCGUUCCCAGACAAGAGGUGGCAGCGUUGAGUCACAGUAAAGCACGCAGCAGUGGAUCCAGCAGAUCUCAAGGUCUGCAUCCUACAAAAGACGCCAACAGACAGAGGAGUGAGAGCGACAUCGCCAGUGAGGCCUCUGAACUGGAAAAAUUCAGUAUCACAUACAGAGACCAAAGAUGUUUCAGCAGCCAUCCACUUCACAAACUCUUCUCUGACAUUCUUGCGUCUUUGGUCAAGAACAGACUCUGCAGUGAAUGGAUUGAUCAUGCACUGCCAGAGUCUGUCCUUAGAGUUCUGAUCUGCUUAAGAUUACUGAUCAGAGAUCCCCACCAUCAGAAAAUCCUCCAUCAGCUCCAAGGCAUUAAUUUACUUGCCAGGUAUAUGGAGCAUGUCACUGCUGUGUAUGCAUCUUGCGGCGAACAGGCGUUUGCUGUGCAGAAGCUGGUCACAAUGACCUACAUAUUUCAGAAGCUGUCUGCCGCUGAGGAUCAAAGGGUCUGGGUCACCGAGAGCGGCGCUCACAGGACCCUGGUGAAGCUGCUAUCCACAUCAGAUAGCAGUGUGCUGCUGGGAGCCCUGCUGGCACUCACCACUCUGGCUGAGAGCCCAGAAUGCAAGCAGGAGAUUGGCCAGCUACCCAUUGUGGAGAACCUCCUUGUAAUACUGCAGGAAUAUGACCUGCUGUCAAAGAGGAUGAGUGCGGAGCUGCUGAGGCUCCUGUCCCCCGUGUGGCAGGUGAGGGACCAGGUGAGGGAGCUGGAGGGUCUUCCAGUGCUGCUGAGUCUGCUGUACAACCAGCACCUGAAGCUGCUGUGGAGCGUCGCCUGGGUCCUGGUCCAGCUCUGCGAGGAUCCCGACACCAGGACGGAGAUCCGGAGCUGGGGCGGGGUGCAGCAGCUUCUCCGGCUGCUCAACAGCGACAGGCAGUACGUCUGUGACCGCUCAUCCAUCGAGACUCUCUCCAGCGCCAACGCAGCCGGACGCAUCCACAGAGAGCACAUCAGAGAGGAGCUCAGCCCACAGGAGGAGGUGGACAACACUGUGGCCCUGCAGUCAGCCUGCUGCACAGUUCUGACUGAGCUUAGUCUGGAUGACACAUCUGCUCACCACAUUGUGCAGGAAAAUGGGGUUUAUAUAAUCUCAAAGUUGAUUUUACCACAAAACUCUGGACCAAAGGUCACAUCUUUACAGUGCUAUGCAUUUAGGACCCUCCGGUUUCUCUUUAGCGUGGAAAGAAACAGGAAUCUGUUUAAAAGACUCUUUCCCACAGACCUCUUUGAGUUGUUUAUUGAUGUUGGACACUAUGUACGGGACCUCGCGGUCUACGAGGGACUGCAAACCAAAGUUUCACUCUACACUGAAGAGGAACUGGACAAUCUAAGAGAGGGCAUCGAGGCUGUGGACCAGAACCGACCUCCCCUUAAAGUCAUCAACGGUUACUCCAUCCUGGACCAUCUUGGCACCGGCGCUUUUGGAAGCGUCUUUAAGGUCCGAAAGCAGAGUGGCCAGAACCUUCUGGCUCUGAAGGAGGUGAACCUCCAUAACCCGGUGUUUGGUAAAGACAAGAAGUCCAGAGACAGCAACGUGGAUAAAAUCAUCUCGGAGCUCACGAUCGUCAAAGAACAGAUGACACACCCAAACAUUGUUAAAUACUACAAGACAUUUUUGGAAGGAGACAAGCUGUACAUCGUGAUGGAGCUGAUCGAGGGAGUGCCACUGGCUGAACAUUUCAACUCUCUGAAGGAGAAGCAGCACAAGUUCACAGAAGACAGACUUUGGAAUAUAUUCAUGCAGAUGUGUCUGGCAUUGAGGUACCUGCACAAGGAAAAGAGAAUAGUGCACCGCGACCUGUCACCGAACAACAUCAUGCUGGGGGAAAAGGACAAAGUCACCAUCACCGACUUUGGCCUAGCGAAGCAGAAACAGGAGAACAGCAAGCUAACGUCAGUGGUCGGCACCAUCCUUUACUCCUGUCCAGAGGUGGUGAAGAACGAGCCGUAUGGAGAGAAAGCUGACGUCUGGGCUUUGGGCUGCAUCCUCUACCAGAUGGCCGCUUUACAUCCUCCGUUCAACAGCAGUAACAUGCUGUCGCUGGCCAGCAAGAUUGUCGAGGCCGUCUACGAGCCGAUUGAAGAAGGAGCUUUCUCAGAGAGAGUCACAGACAUGAUCAGAUGGUGUUUGAGUCCAGAUGCAGAACAGCGGCCGGACAUCGUGGCCGUCAGCUCCAGGAUCUCUGACCUCAUGAUGAGGCUGAUGGACGGCCUCUACACUUCCCAGAAUGCACUGGAACGAAGAGCAGACAGAGACAGGAAGCGAGCGCAGAAGUACUUCCUGGAGAGACACAAAAGCAGGACGGACUGCUGUCACUCGAACCCGUCUCAGGAAAAAUCCAUAAUGAAUACUGAAUCUCCAACUCCUCGCUCUCCUGCAGCCUGCAAUUCAAACCACAGCGAGCACAACAUCGGUCAAGAUGAUGCCUCAGAUGGUGAUGUAGAAACAUGCGAUACCAACAUCAGCACCACUGCCUUUACGGGGAAACACUACGAAUUAAAGUCCAGUGCCUGCAAAACUCCAGACCAAAUUCAAUCUUGUGGUGACUAUGCUGCUGCAAAGAUUAAACCAAGACCAGUGUCAGCAGGGAUCUGUGUCUCCCAGAAGAAGGUUCGUCAGAUUGAUGAUCCCAUCCAGAGGCUCCUCGUGCAGCUGCACAAAAUCAUAUACGUCACUCAGCUUCCACCAGCUCCACAUCACAACAUCAAACGACGGAUCAUUGAAAGAUUUAAAAAGUCUCUGUUCCACUUUGGGAGCGAUCCAUACAACCUGAAAGUGGAGCUCAGCAAGCUCCUCCACGCCUCUCCAGAGCUGAUGGAGUUCAGCACAAACAGGGCAGACUGGUGGCCUCUGGUCCACCACUUCACAGGAGACCCCCACGCUGCUGACAGCACAGGUGAUGGGAAUCUCAAAGAUGGAGUCACCUAUCAGCAGAUGCAGGGGAUCAUAGAGGAGCUGGUGGAGGAGAACAGCUACUAUGAAGCAACACACAGCAGGAUCUCCGAGAAAAGAAAUGACCAAGAACACAAGUGAUCGUUGGCUGUUUUCACUCUCAGAUGUCACAGAAGAAGCAGAAAAGAUAAAUUAUUCCAGCGUGGUAACAUUUGCAUCAGAAGUAAUUUAUAAUUGUAUAAAUUUAAAACCAUAAGAUCUCUAAGUAUUUGUUUGUCCAUAAACUAUUUACAACUUAGCUUAGUUAUUGUUGUGAUAGCUGCUGUAACCUGAUUCUAAAACUGACACCACUCAGGGCUGCAAUUAACGAACAUUGUCAUUAUUUUCAAUUAUAUGAAUAUUCACUGGUCCAAAAAAAGCCAGAAAAAUUUGAAAAAUGUGGUUCACAGUUUUCUAAAGCCCAGACCGAUGUGAUCAAAUUGAAAAUCUUGUUUAACAAACAAUCCAAAUUCCAAAGACUUAAUGCAAAGAUCUUAUGCAAUUGACAUUAUGCAAUUGACAUUAUGCAAUUGACAUUAUGCAUAUGAUACCACACACCUCUUUGGUUUUCAGGCAUUUAUUAUUUGUACAAAUUUAAUAUGACUGUGUAAAUCUCCAAAGUCAAUUUAAUAUAUGUAAAUUGCAUGUGCUUGUAUUUAUUUCUGUCAGCUCAGUCGAUGAGAAGCUGCUGAUAUCAAAAGAGAACUGACCUGUAACCACCACACACACAGAAACGACUGACUUAACCUCAGACACUAUCCAGAGCUUUUUUAUCUGCAUGUGUUAAGUUUUAUUUUCUAGCACUUUAAAUUCUCAGGAACAGACUCAGCGGUUUGACGGUUUAACUCCUCUCUGCAGGGCUGCAAGUCACAGCAUGUUUCAAACGGCUGUGAGCAAAAAUGAAACCAAACAUUCACCUCAAUUCAACAUACAUGUUUUUAUACAUAUCACAAUGUCUGACUGCAGCUUUACUAGCAGCAAAUAUAUUAACAUGCACUCUGAGACACUGUUAUCAUUUUCAAUAUGAUUAGUAUCCAAAUAUACUUUUUGAUCAGAGAAUGUUUUCAUUUUGAAGAGUGGAGCGCAGCGGAAGGGUUUUUCAUAUGCACUUUGAUCCAAAAAAGGGAUUUGUCUGUAU